AGAAGAAGAAGAAGAAGAAGAAGAAGAAGAAGAAGAAGAAGAAGAAGAAGAAGAAGAAAGUGGGGCGGAGAAAAAACAACAACAAAAACAGCAGGAAACAGGCAUCAACUUGGGCUGCCGAUGACUUUAGGAUGCCUUCCGUUCAGUUAUUAAGAGCACUUGUCAGCGAGAGACUGACCGUGGCCGUUGACGAGAUUAUGACGAUAUUUGAAAAAACGCUGGCCGAGUAUGAGGACGAGCUUCGGCACCGUCGCAGCAGGCCGCGGGGAGCCGCUCAGCCGUGCGGCACGACGAUCGAGGAGCGCGGAUCAGAUGCAUCCCAGCGCAUCCAGCCAGUGCUAAUCAGCAUGAAGAUCCCCUCUGUGCAUGACGAGAGGAGACCAAGUCUGGAACAAGAGGCUCCAAUGGCCCCAUUCGUCAAAGAGGAACUGGAAGAAGUCUGGACAAGUCACUGUCAAAAAUCGGAAGAGGUGACUGCCUCGUUGGAAAAGGAAGACGUGAAAGAGAAAUCUCUUGCAUCUACAAUUCAACAAAGAGAAAGUGUUGAGCACAGACAGGAAGCUUCUCCAACUUGCAUCUUAUGUGAACCAGUUGAAAGUGACCUUAAUGGAGAAGACUGUGGAGGCACUGAUGCGGUUUUUGACUCGGCUAUAGCCAGUGUCAUAAAAGCAACUAACAAUAAUCGCCGGCCCUUUGCGGACUCGGGGCAAUACAGCGACCCUGAACCUCAUCUUAGCUCUCAUAACCAGGCCAAGUGCUUCAAGUGCCCAGAGUGUGAAAAAAUAUUCAAAUACAACCACAAUUUGCAGAGACACAUGGCAUGUCACACAGGAGAGAAACCAUUUGGCUGUAUUGAAUGUGGCAGAAAGUUUAAUCAAAAGGCAAGUUUGGACAGACACAAGAGAGUGCACACAGGAGAGAAACCUUUUAGUUGUGUGUUUUGUGGGAAAAACUUCACUCGGAGGGGCUCAUUAACUUCGCACAUGAGAUUCCAUACAGGGGAGAAGCCGUUCAGCUGCUCCCUAUGCAAGAAAAGUUACAAUAACAGAGGGACGCUGGUCAAGCACAUGAGAGCUCAUGAGAAUUACGCGAGAUAAAACCAGUAGAUAAACAAUCGAUUUGAAAUGUGAUCGAUUUAGGGCUUCAUGAUUGCUAUUUCAUUAUUGCUGAUGAUUGCUACUAUUACUGCGGUUGAAUGAUUGAACCUGGCAAGUGAUAAUAAUUCAAACGUUACUAAAAAAAAAAGCCAAUUUUUUGUUUUUUGUCUUCAUGAAACUCCUCACUUUAACAUAGUUCCUUGACACCAAGAUGGCAGCAAAGUGAUAUUUGUAAUGCUGUGUCAAACUCAAGGCCCGGGGGGUCACAUCCGGCCCCCCCACACCAUUUUAUGCGGCCCGCGAAACCAAAUGAUUUGAAUCAACUUGUAUGAUUCUUGCUCAAAUCUGCACCAACACUGCAAAUUGUUGGAUUUCAUAACAACGUCGAGAUAUUACAGGUAUAAUCGAAGCAUUUUUUUUGUUACCAAACCCAUUGUUUUACAGUAACUUGCUCAGUAGUUCUGUUUUCAAAUAGAGUUAUCCAUCAAUUUGUUGUGUGCACCGGGCCAGACCAUGACAAGCAAAACUUCACGGGUAACUGAUGCCCAUUUUGGGGAAAAAUGUGAAGAAUUGAAAAAUUAUUUGAAGAAUUAUUAUUUUUUUUAAAUCAGCGAGUAUGUAACUCUGCAAUGCCAAACCACGAGUAUGUGGGGGGUCCACUGAUUUUUCACGACACGAUGAAGCAUUUAUAUGGUUCCAAAGUCAUACUGGCCCUCUGAGGGCAAUUGUACCAAUAAUGUGGCCCGUGACAAAAAAAUUAGUUUGACACCCCUGCUUUAGAAUGAGCACAAAAACAGCAAAUACUGUAAGUGAAUUUUUCAGCAAAUACACACACACAGAUAGAUAGAUUUUUUUCUUUUUUUUUCCUCUUUGUUUUAAAUGUUUAUUAGCUGUUUUUUUUCUUCCUUUCUUUGUUUUUAAAUGCUUUUAAUCGUGUAAAGCACAUUGUAGACAUGUAUGAAACGCGCUAUAUCAAUUGCUUUUGCUUUGCAACCGUUUCAGUAUUGCGCGUGAGAGCGUUUCAGUCGUGUGAAUGAGAGGUAAUAGUAAAUGUGAUAUAAUUCAUUAUUCACUUGUUUUAUAGAUGCCUAUUAUUUACAAUUAUAAUUAAUAAUUGAACGCGGCCAAUCAAGCUGCGCCCCAAACAUAAUGCUCAUUUUAGUUUCCUUUUUUAGGUGUAGUUAGAAAUUUUAACCAGCAGGUGGCAAUUGUGCAAAUAGAAGACAAAACAGAGGAGUAGUUUUGUAUUUGCUGCAAUCGGGUCUAAUAUAUAGUCUGGAAGUCAUUUAAAAUACAUAUGUAUAUACAAAUGAUAUAUGUUUGUCAUUUGUGUACUGAUUGCGAGCUGAAAAGUUGGUAAAUAAAAUGAUUAAAAGGGAAGCAAUGAAAUGUGUAAUUAUUAAAGAGUGUACUAUAUCAUUUUUUUUUUAAACCUGAUUUCAGAAAGAUAAUAUAAGUUGCCUAAUCAGAGAUUUCCAACUAAACAAUGGCUACCUUAAUAAUAAAAUAUAAUCCUUUUCUGUAUAUAUAGUGAUCCAUCUUUGGGGAUUUGUGAACAGUUUAUGGACAUGCUCACAUAUGACAACCCCAAUUCCAAUGAAGUUGGGACAUUGUGUUAAACAUGAAUAAAAACAGAAUACAAUGAUUUGCAAAUCAUGUUCAACCUAUAUUUAAUUGAAUACACUA